AUGGCGACAAACGCGCCGACCUCUUCGGUCGCGCCGGUGAUGGCGGCGACCGCGCCCGCUGAGCAACCACCGAAAGCACCCAGUAAGAUUGACGGCGGCGAUGACUCGGAGUGGGAGUAUGAGUAUUCGACCACGGAGACCGAAACCUACUACCUGACUGUCGACCUCUCCAUCCCACAACUGCUACGGCGCAAACGAAACAUGCCAGUAUCAGGACGAGGCGGAUAUCACUACAAACACUGGGCAGGCCCUCACAGGAAACCCGACGAGCCAAAACACCACCGCAUUAUGUCAGACGACGAGAAUGAUGACGAGCCCGCGGCCGAGCCCGAAGACGAAGAAGAGAUGGAUCAGGGACAGGCGGACCCAAACAUUGAUGGCUAUGACGCCGACUUUGAAUCCGAGCAAGCUCCCGAGAUCCAAAUCUUGGACCUGCAUUCCAACAAGCCCAUGUUCGCGUACAAGGGCAAGAUUUUCGAGGGGCAGUGGUCGCGAAACCUGGGCACCGAAGUCAUAUUUGCCGAGCACGAGCACGAGGAUCCGAUUCCGGCUCUGCGACAUCUCCCCGGCGGUGUCGACAUGCUCGCGGCCAGCUGGUCGAGGAUCAACACGACAGAGAAGCGUUUAGAACCAAAACACGAGGCGGCAGCAAAAGACGACCCGCUGGAGGACAUUAGGAGGCAGCAUGGAAUUCAUAUACCCAUCACAGCAGACAAGACGGGCGAGCGCAAGCGUCAAACAAGGUUUUUGGAGAACUUGAUGGCCUUGAAGGUCAAGAGAGGCGAAAAGGACGAGGUCACGGUGUACGCCCAUGCCGCGCCAAAGCCGAUGACAGAGGGCACGAACAGCCGGAGGAAAAGGCGUAAGCCGCUGCCGGAUGGGAUGCCGAAGAAACGUCGGGGUCGGGGAGGCGGCGUCCGCGGGAGAGGCGGUCCAUCCGCAUUGGGGAUGGUUCCUGAGCAAAAUGAGCGACAAGAUAGCAGCGUAGCAGAGGCAGCGGCUUCGCGGGAUGGAGCGUUGUCAACGCCAACGCCGACGACAUGGGCGAACCUAGAUGGGCAGGGCGGAGGAGCAGGCAAAGGUUCGGGCCCGAAAGAUGAUGAUGAAGCAAGCGACAACGACGACGAAGACUAUGAGGAUGGUGGAGAUUUGGAGUAG